AUGGCAUUCUCUCUAAUUCAGAUACUGGGGCUGUUGCUCUGCUUCAAUGCCCGUGCUAUCGCCCAGGAAGACAAGUUCAGGUUAAUCCCUGGUCUUGAUACGAUGCUUAAAGAAACAUAUACUCCCGAGAGUAUGCUACGAGGCAUCCCCUUUGACAUCCAGGACACCACUAUGCAACCAUGGGAAGAGCUGCUUAAUGUAACUCACUCGCCAAACCGGGAGCCGCUCAGCUGCUCGUCGUCAGGCUCCCCAAAGUUCUGGUAUGAGGAAAUCGAGCACAACGGCGAGUCGUCCUUCCUCGCGCCGGAACACAAGAAAAGCUACAAGGUUUUCCGAAAUGUCGUCGUCGAUCACCAUGCCGACAAUACUGGCAAGUCCGAUGCUUCGGAAGCUCUACAGAAUGCGAUCAAAGCCGGUUCUUCUGGAGGUCCCGCGCGAGACGCCCAUAAAAUGGGAACAACUGGACAACCCGCGAUUGUCUACUUACCCGGAGGUACUUACCUACUAAAGAACGCGCUCCAGCUCUACGUCGGAACUGUCUUGGUGGGAGACCCAACCAAUCCCCCUGUAUUGAAAGCAGCACCUGGGUUCUCCGGUGACCAUAUGAUAUACGCGAAGGACCCCAACUAUGGCGGGACCAUCAACUUUUAUAUUAGCAUCAAGAACAUUGUGCUUGACUCGACAGGCCUUGACCCAGCCACGACUAUUACGCUCCUUGACUGGACCGUCAGCCAAGCGACCCAGUUGGCCAACGUCCAGUUCAACAUGCCCCCAAACCCUACAUCUCACAUCGGCUUGUCCACCCAGUACGAUUACAACAGUAAUAUCAUCGUGAAUGAUUUACGGUUCAAUGGCGGGAAUGUCGGUAUGAAGCUCAACGGACAGCAAUGGGUAUUCAAGAAUAUCGUCUUUAGCGGCACGAAAACUGGAGUAAUUGCAGGUGGAACGGAUAUCGUCUUCCUAGGUUGCCAAUUCAACAACGGCCAUACCGGUAUUGAUGCGACUGGCACGUCCGGAUCUCUGACCGUGGUCGACUCUAGCGCCUCGGGUUUGGAACAUUUUGUCAUUGCUGGUGAGUCGAAUGGCGCUGGGAAUUCGGUUAUUCUGGAAAACGUUCAGAAUUCUGGGGCUACGGUGACUGUGGACGGGAAGCCCCUCGUGAGUGGCAGCAUAGAGAACACCUGGGUUCGUGGGCACUUGGUAAGAUACUCCCUGUUCUGGAUAUGGCGGAUGAUGCCAGGCUGA